UCCAUGUCACUUUCUCAUACGGGAAAAAAAAAAAAUACCCAAUCUUAAACAAAGGGGAAGUUUAAAUGAUUUACCUUUUAAAACCCUAAAAAUUUGUUCCUUUUUCCUUUUCUAUCUUAAAAACAGUUUGAAACAUAGAGAAAAUUGUUUCUUUUUUGUCAAUUCACUUUACAAUCGAAUCUUCUUAGUCAUUUGCUGUGAUUGAUCAUUGAAUGAGAAGAGAAGUUGAGCAACAAUGGUUGGAGAAAUCAUAGAUAUCGACUUGGAAGGGGACUCAGAUGGCAACGGGAAUGAAUGCAGUAAGAAAGUGGGUAAAGUGGGGUUUUUAGAUCUCUGUUUCUUGACUUGCUAUCUUAAAAGGGACAUCUGGUGUCCUCCUUGUGUGUUUUUCAUGGCACCUAGUGAUGAUGUAAACAAGAGUCAGGAAAUUGAUGAUGUAGGUGUGGGAUUUAAUGCUAGUAAAGGGGUUGAGACUAAGGGUCUUACUAAUGGUAAAAAGGUUGAUAGUGAGGUUCAUCUGGAGGAAAGCCAAAAGGAGAGUAUAGUUGAGGAUUAUUAUGAACCUAGACAAGAUAUUAUUGCACAAGGUGUUUGGUUAGAAAAGGAAGAUAAAGCUUGUGCCAAAAAGGAACAUGUAGCUGUAUCAACAAGUCAUAAUGUGGCUGAUGACCAUAAUGAUGAUCUUAAAGAGGAAUAAGUGGCAGAAGCUGAUGGAGGGCAUGAAGAUCCUAUUAUGGAUAUCCCUGAGUUAACAAAUAAUGAAUAUGAGGAGACUAUGGAGGCCAAAAGGAAGCUCAAAUCUUUUUGUUAUAAUUUGUAAGGAAAUAAUACAGGACCUAGUUCUUAUCAUGAUGCUAGUAUGUCAUUGUUUUUUCAUAGUUGUAAUGUUUUUUUUUUUUUUUUGGGUUCAUCUUUGGGUUAUCUUUUCAUUUACUUUAUGUAAUGCAAUUAAUUUAGGUAUAACUGUAGCAGGUCCUAGUUCUCCUCCUACAGCAGGCCAUGAUGAUGGUGAUGCAAUUCAAAGUGAUGCAGAAUAUAGUCACAUUUCUAUU